AUGUCCCAGCGCCCACCACCACCUCAGCGGCAGCCCGGAGACUGGACCUGCCCGGGCUGCGGCGCCAACGUCUUCAAGAGCAAGGCUGAAUGCUUCAAGUGCAAGGCGCCGCGUCCGGAGAGGCCGGCUGACGGCGAUGGCGGCGCCAGCCGUGCGCCGCCGCCGAAGCGGCGCGGCGAUUGGACGUGCCCGCAGUGCGCUGCCAACGUCUUCGCCUCAAACAGCGAGUGCUUUCGCUGCCAGACGCCGCGCCCGGUCGGCGGCGGUGGCGGGACGGCGUUCCCUCCGCCAAACGAGGCUG